AUGCUUCGAAAUAGCGCCCGCUCUGCAAGGACUACCGGCACCGGCGCGACCAUCGCUUUUAUAUCGAUCCUGGUCCUCCUCGUGGCAGCAGCAUUUGCGCACUUCAACUUCCUUUCAUACCCGCGGAUCCUCAACGACGACGAGGUGGCUGCCGCGCGCAUUCUCCGCUCCCUCAGAUCACUUUCUACAGGUGCUUUGAGCAGCAGGUCUUCUUCCCCGACAGCGGCCGGAAGAGGAGCAAUAAUGGCCAAACGGACGCCUGUGUAUUUUGUUUCUCAUGGUGUAAGUGUCUUCGCUCCCUCGGCCCCUCAUAUCGUGGAUCUUGUUGUCUUCAGUGUGUUUCCUGGCCCCAACACAAUGUUCGACACCGAACACCCGGUCUACCCACAGCUUCAACGGAUCGGGCGCGAGAUCACGCAGCAGGUCAAACCCUCGGCGAUCGUAGUCUUCUCAGCACACUGGCAAGCCCAAAGGCCCAACACGAUCGAGGUAAAUGUCGCGGAAGAUGAACCGUUGAUCUACGAUUUUUACGGCUUUCCUCGCAACUAUUACAUGGAGAAGUUCCCCAACCGGGGGUCGGCGAAGCUUGCCCAACAGGUCAUUGACGUCCUCGAGAGCCAUGGGAUCAAGACGCAGAAGGAAGAGAGGGGCUUGGAUCACGGCGUCUUCGUCCCCUUCAAGGUCAUGUUCAAUCCCGAAACGAACCCCCUGGGCGACGUGCCCAUCGUGCAGGUCAGUCUGUUCGACGACCACACCGACGCAGCCGCGCACAUCGGACUCGGACGUGCCGUCCAGAAACUGCGGGAGGAGAACAUCCUCAUCAUAUGCUCGGGCAUGAGCGUGCACAAUCUGCGCCAUCUCAUGAUGUUGGGCAGGGGUUCGAAUAGGACAAUGCCCUAUACGGUGACCUUUGACGAAGCUCUGAAGGUUGCGGCCGAAACCAAGCCAGGGGAGCAGAGGGAUGAGACGAUGGUUGAGUUGUUGAAGAGGGACGAUGCAAGACAGGCGCAUCCGACCUUUGAGCAUCUCUUGCCGAUCCAUAUUGCUGUGGGUGCCGGCGGGACGGAUCAGGGCAAACAAUUGUGGACGCUGCAAGAAUCGAGCAUGGCUUGGGCGCAAUACAGAUUUGGAGAGGUGGGAGCUUGA